AUGUCAGGUGGUCUCCUAAAGGUGCUGCACAGUGACUCCUACAUGGAGCUGAGCACUUCUGGGGUGACAAUGAAGAAAAGCUAUGCAGAAGAUGCCAUGUGGUACAUACCUGGAACUUAUCUGGAGGACCAGAUCAUUCCCACAGACUGGGAUGCAGAAUUUAAGGAGGGCUGGCAGUAUGGACGUGGACGAUCUGGUGGCCAGGUACCAGAUGAGUGUCAGCAGGACUAUGAUGCUGGGAGAGGAGGGUAUGGAAAACUGGCACAAAAUCAGUGA